AUGGAGAAAUUGAAGUUCCCACUCUGCAAGUAUGCUGGAUCCACGGAUCCGGAGGUCCAUUGCAACACGUUCGAGCAACAUAUGAUGCUGUAUACAGAUUCCGAUGCCAUGUGGUGCAAAGUAUUUCCCUCCACGCUGUUGGGAGUGGCAUCCGGGUGGUAUAAGGGACUGCCAAAGGGGUCAGUAUACAAUUACCGACAGUUAGAAGCAGAGUUCAUGCUACGGUUCAUCAGUCAGCAGCAGAGAAAGAAAACGUCGGGAGAACUGAUGGCAAUCACCCAAAGGAGCGGAGAGUCCUUAAGAGAUUACCUCACCAGAUUCAACAACGAAUCCACCAGCAUACCAAACUUGCAACAAGAGAUAGCUGUGGUGGCCCUGAUGAGAGGAAUGAACCACUGCGAGUUCAAAAAAUACUUGGGAAGGAAAUCCUUCCCGGAUCUGGGAAGCGCACUGGUGAAGGCCCAUGAAUACAUCAAAAGUGAUGAACUGAUGACAAUCCCAAAUCAUUAUCAGUCGGCACCGACUAGAAAUGUCACGCCUAGGCCGGUUCAGCCGGCGCAGCAAAGUCAGAUCAGGGGAUUCAUGAAGGAUGAACAAAGGAGGGACCUCAGAGGGAGAGAUCACCAGAAACAGUCAACCAGCAUAUACCCCACGUUCCAUGAAUACACCCCAUUGAACGCCCCAAGAGCCGCAAUUUACAAUGUCAAGAAGAACGAAAACUGGAAAAGGCCUCCACCAAUGAGCGACAAACCCAGACCACAGUCGAAGUACUGUGCAUUCCAUGAUGACUGUGGGCAUUAUACGGAAGACUGCAGAGAUUUGAAAGAUAACAUCGAGGAUAUGAUCAGGAGAGGCUACCUGACGCAAUAUAAAGCCCGACAGAACAACAACAACAACCAACAGAAUAGCAGCCGGCAGGGUAAUAACACAAACAGCAGGUUACCAUCCACCCAAACACCACUCAGAAUAGAACAAAAGGCACCAGAAACCAGUCGCAGCGGAGAGGCUAGAAACAAUGGCCAGAAAGGGCCGACAGUAUGGGCCAUAUCCGGCGGACCGUGCCAUGGAGGAACAAUCAGUGGAGCAGGUAGAAGCCUGGGCGAGCACCGCCACCUGAUAAACCACCAUAGCGCCAGAAAAUGGCCGUCACCCCAAGUCAUGCCAAACAUCUCGUUCACCCCUGCCGACUGCCGCGGAAUUAUAUACCCCCACGACGACCCACUGGUUUUGGGCCUCGAAAUAGCAAACUUCCCAGUAAAAAGAAUACUGGUGGAUGGAGGGAGUUCAGCGAACAUUAUCUUUUGGGAAGCCUUCAUUUAG